CAUUUAGUCACCAACAAAAAACGAUCUUGUAUCUCAAUUUAUUUUUUUAUUUUUUUCCUUUUCUUCCAUUUUAUAAUUCGAAAUAAAUGAUUUCCCGCUUUUGAAAACUACCUUUAAAUUUAAAAUCACGUAACCUUGUAAACGACCUCUAAUUUGGUAUUGGUAUCGCUAGUUUCUAGUCGUGUUUUACAAUAACCCAUACAUCAUUGUCACGCUUCGAACAUUCCUCGUUCAGAGUGUUCAAGCAAAAGUUCAAAUUAAUAUCAAAUUUCUUACAACUUUUUUUACUAACACUGGUACAAUAAAGGAUUCUCCAAUCAUUCAAGAUAUGAUACGAACGACAACGGGUGUACGUAAUGAAUUGGCACGUACAAUAUUACGAAGUUCUGUACGGACGAAUAUCGUAAGAUCUGUAGUCAUACGAUGUCUUCACAGAAAAUAUUUACAAAGAAUUCAGGUUCAUAAUACUUUACAUCUUUCGAUAACUCCAUGGAAGCAACAGUUAAGAUUUUAUGCAGAUUAUCCAAUCCAUGUAAAAGUACAACUUCCUGCAUUAUCACCUACUAUGGAAACAGGUACCAUUGUCAGUUGGCUCAAAAAGGAAGGUGAUAAAUUGAAUGAAGGUGAUUUACUUGCUGAAAUUGAAACGGAUAAAGCAACAAUGGGCUUUGAAACACCAGAGGAAGGGUAUUUAGCAAAGAUUCUAAUACCUGCAGGAACAAAAAAUAUUCCUAUUGGCAAAUUAGUUUGCAUAAUUGUCGCAGAUGAAGGUAGUAUUGCUGCCUUCAAAGAUUUUAAAGAUGAUGUUCCACCACCACCACCACCAGUUCCACCAACACCAACACCAACACCACCUACUCCUGUCGCUGCUCCACCAAUUGCUGCUCCUACACCAACACCAACUCCUCCACCUACUGUACCAUCACCUACAGUACCUUCUAUCCCACUGCCAGAAACUAGAAUAAUGAUUAGUCCAUGGGCUAAAAAACUUGCAACUGAGAAAGGUCUCAGUUUGGAGGGUAUAAAAGGCACAGGAUUAUAUGGAAGCAUAACAUCUAAAGAUUUAGAAGGUGCACCACUUUUAAGUGCAGCUCGACCUGCAGUAGCACCUGCAGUAGCACCUACAGUAGCACCAGUUCCAUCUGCAGAAGGAGUUGAUAUUCCUGUGUCUAAUAUUCGUGCAGUAAUUGCAAAACGUUUACUAGAAAGUAAACAAACAAUUCCACAUUAUUAUUUGACAGUAGAUAUAAAAAUGGAUGCUGCUCUUGAAAUGCGAGAGCGAUUUAAUAAGAUAUUGGAAAAAGAGAAAGUAAAACUUAGUAUAAAUGAUAUUAUCAUCAAGGGAAUGGCAAUGGCUUGCAAAAAGGUACCUGAAGGUAAUAGUUCAUGGUUAGGAGAAGUUAUUAGACAAUAUAAUAAUGUUGAUGUAAGUGUAGCAGUAAGUACAGAUACAGGUCUAAUUACACCAAUAGUUUUUGGAGCAGAUACAAAAGGUAUAGUUCAAAUAAGUAAAGAUGUAAAAGUAUUAGCGACGAAAGCAAGAGAAGGAAAAUUAAAACCACAAGAAUUCCAAGGAGGAACUAUUACUGUAUCGAAUUUAGGAAUGUUUGGCAUUAAAAACUUUUCUGCUAUUAUAAAUCCUCCUCAAUCAAUCAUUCUAGCUGUAGGUUCAACUGAAACAAGAUUAAUACCUGCCAAAAAUGAGAAAGGAUACACAAGUUCUCAAUUUAUGUCUGUAACUGCCAGUUGCGAUCAUCGUACUGUAGAUGGUGCCAUAGGCGCACAAUGGUUAUCAGUCUUUAAGAAUUUUAUGGAAAAUCCAACAUCUAUGUUAUUGUAGUAAAUUCAACCAUUAAAAUAUUCAAUUGGGUAGUUAGUAAA